AUGAAACAGGUGCAGCUAUUAAUAGUAUGUCUACAGUGUGCUUCCACGCCGGCGAUCGCGCUUGCAAGUGACACUGACACUGGCAUCUACAGUGAUUUAGGUGCGCUGUGUGUCUCUGCGGGUGGUACAAUGUGCGCGUUUUUCAAUGCAUUGGGUAUCCGCACCGGUCUCGAUGUCGCUGCCCAAGGCAGUGUGACUGGUGCACGGGUGUAUGCCACCAUCCAGUUUCUUGCCGGAAACGGAAACGCAACAAAUCCAGCUUACACUUUUACGACAAAUGACCACACUGGUCUGUACUCUGCUGGAACAAACCAACUUGGUGUCAGUGCAAACUCAACCAAUGUGGCGACCUUUACAACAACUGCAUUGAAUGUGGCUACUGGGCUGAAUGUUGCAGGCUUCACAUCACUUGGAACUGGUAAUACCGGCAUCAAAACGGCUGUCUUCACUGGAACGACCGCCUCCAGCACUUCGAGUAGUGUAACACAAAACAUUACUAUCGACAAGACCAAAAUCGUGUCCAUUAGCGGAGCGGUGACCAAUAAUGGAGGAAGUCGUAUUCCGAUGCUUGUCAGGGACAACCCUGCAGAAUACAUUAUUCCCUACGUUACCGGCUCGAGUAGUCCAUGGGUGCUCAAUGUCGCGAAUGGAGCAAAUGCACUGUACUUGAAAUGUAAAGAUUACUAA